AUGAUUGUUAGCCCUGUAAAGUUAGCGGUAAAUGGGAGCGUAGCCGUUAUUGGUGCUGGGGUCGGCGGUCUAAGUUUUGCUUACUUUUUGAGUAAAUUGAGGCCGGACCUUAAUAUCACUAUUAUAGAGGCUUCCGAUAGGAAAGGCGGAUGGAUCAAUACCAGUGUGUUUGAAAGCGAUCAUGAGAAACCCGUUCUCGUGGAAAAAGGUCCGAGAACAUUGCGAGGGCAAUCAGACGGAACUACCUUGAUGGUAGACACAUUGAAAGCUUUGAAAAUGCAAGACGCCGUGUUAUGCAUUGAAAGCAAAUCGGAAGCAAACCGAAAGUUUCUCCUGGACGUUAAUGACUCAUUGGUGCAAGUUCCCAAUUCAUUAAAUACUUUGAUCCAUUUUUUGUCCAGCUCUUUGGGCAGAGGCCUGAUAACCGGGCUUCUUGGGGAGCCUUUUCGAAAAUUACCAGUUGGAGCGCUCGAGGAAGAUGAGAGUGCUCACAGUCUGAUUUCCCGCAGGUUUGGCAACAGUGAGAUUAGUAAUAACAUCUUCAGCGCUAUAUUUCAUGGCAUUUAUGCCGGUGACAUCAAGCAGCUCAGUGCAAAGAGAACUUUAGCAUCUAUCUUUGCACUUGAGCGGAAGCACGGAUCAUUGAUCAGAGGAAUGCUUAGCAGCAAAAAGACCAAAAAACUACUGGAGUUGCCAGAAUCUCUGCAUACUUACCAAGAAAGUCUCAACAGGGAUCCGAAAGAGCUUUUACAACUUUAUGGACGGCUCCGCAAGCUGCCAAUGCUGGGUCUUCGCAACGGGCUCGAGACGUUCCCCAAAGCCUUAUCGAUAGCACUGCAGCAAAACCCAAAGGUCAAUUUUGAACUUGGGAGCGGUGUUUCUCAGAUCGAUGCUAAAAAGGAAGGUCAUUGCAACCUUUUGCUUGCUAAUGGAGCUAAAUUGAACGACUUCGAUCACAUAAGGCUAACAAACACACCAAAAGUGAUAUCCCGGAUGAUAAGAGACGAGGCUCUGGCUCACGAGCUAAAGCAGGUACAUGCUAACACAGUGGUGCUGCUGAACUUUUAUCUGCCCAACAUUGAUCUAGUCGAGCGCUACCAUUCGUUUGGGUACCUGGUACCGCAAUCCAAUCAAAACCAGGAGCAGUUAUUGGGGGUCAUAUUCGAUUCUGUGAUCGAGCAGAACUACAAGCCACUGAUAGAAGAAGAGAGCUCUACUCUUGCGACGUCAAAACCCAAAGCAUACACGAAAUUAACGGCUAUGGUAGGAGGUCACUAUUUGAACCGGAACGGCGCGCAACUGAAGAAGUCGACUGACUACAUCAAAGACGUCAAGAAAGCGCUUGGACGACACCUCAAAAUUUCAGAAUCCGAGCUGGAUCGGGGCCAUUGGGAAGUAACUUUCGCCAGUGAGUGUCUUCCCCAGUUUUUUGUCCACUACGACCGCUGGUUGAAGCGCAUUGAGACCGAUUUUGAAACAAAGUUCGGCUCGCGUGUUUCGCUUGGUGGUAUGGCCUUCAGCAAAGGACCUGGAGUGCCAGACGUGGUCAUGGACGGAUUCGAAGACGCUAAAUCGUUGUCGUGA